AAAAUAAUAUUGAAGGCAAAUGCAGAAACUUUCCGAUCAGAUCAGAAGUUAAGAUAUUUCAUAAAAUUCAUCCAAAGUACCGUUUCAUGUGAAGGAUGAUGUCUGAAGAAUUUCGAUAUUGGUUCGCAGAAAAUCCGGGAAAUUUUUUAGAGAAACAAGAAGGGAAUGUCGAAAGACGAAAUCUUAUCUAUUAAGCUGAUAAUUUUAUUUUUUCCGCUCAGCAAUAUUGGAAUUUUCAGGAGAAACGUUUGAAUAUUGAAACAGAUAUUGCUUAAGGUUGAGGUUGUUAACUGAUAGCAGAUGCCUCGAGAUAUGUCAAGAUUGCGAUCUCGCUCACCCUCUUAUAGGCGUCGACAAUCGCGGUCUCCUGUAAGGCAUAGGUACGGGAGGAGAAGCCGAAGGGAUAGAAGCCUAUCGCCAUAUUCAUCUUAUUCUAAUAGCAGAAGAAAGAGUCGUUCCAUUAGUCCACGGCACUACAAAAGCCGUUCUCCCUCUGCAAGACGUCAUAAAAGUCGUUCUCCAAUUCCAAAGCGUUAUAAGAGGCAAAGAAGUACGAGUUCUUCAUUGUCUCCUACUCAUAAAUCACCUAGCCCAAAUCUUGGGUCAAUAGACUGCAAAAAUGCUUGUGAGGAACUGAAAAAAGAAGAGGAAGAGAGGAAAAGGCGUCAACAGGAAGCAGAGUUGAAACUCAUAGAAGAAGAGACUGCUAAGAGAGUGGAAGAAGCAAUUCUAAAAAAGGUUGAAGAGAGAUUGAAUUCUGACGAAAUCAAGCAGGAAAUUCAGAAGCGAUUAGAGGAGGGACGGAGAAGACUUAAUGAUGAAGUUGCAAUUCAACUUGAAAAAGAAAAGGAAGCUGCCCUUCUCGAGGCUAGGCAAAAAGAGACACAUGUAUUUUUGUACAGGGGGAGAGAAAGAAUACAUUAUUUUCCUCAUAUAAUAUUCAAUGAGCAAGCUCGAAAAGAGAAAGAGGAGUUGGAAAAGAUGCUCGAAGAGAACCGGAAGAGGGUGGAAGAAGCUCAAAGAAGGGAAGCACUGGAACAGCAGCGAAGGGAGGAGGAACGGUAUCGAGAACUAGAGGAGCUUCAAAGACAAAAGGAAGAGGCAAUGAAAAGGAAGAAGCAACAGGAGGAGGAAGAACGUUUAAACCAGAUGAAAUUACUGGGAAAGAACAAACUGCGACCGAAGUUGUCUUUCGCGCUCGGUUCAAAAUGAUAGAAUCCGAAAAGUUUUUACUCUAUGUUGUAAUAUUUGUGUUGUCUGUCCAGUUUUGAAGUUGAAUUCUAUUACGGCUUGCUUUUGGGGUUCAGACUCAAAAGCUGGGGAAAGAGUUGCUAAGUGUGAAGCUCUUGACUGGGUAAGUUGGGGCUAGUUUAGUAUUGGUGCCCAAGAAAAAGUUUUAGGUUGAAAUAUAUUUUGAUUGUUAGAACGUGGGAUGAAAAAAAUACUUAGUAAUGCUGUGAAAAAAAAUGUUUAUGAGAAUAAUAAAGUUAUCAUUAUUCCAAAAUCA